AUGUCGCCGCUAUCGCUACCGCUGCACUCGCUUGAACCAGCCAAACCGGCACCGGGGCCUACCAGGAUCAAAGAACCCAAUGCAGAGGUGCUCCAGACCCCCUACACUGCAGCCCAGCUCGCCCUGCGCUAUGGCUUCCCUGUCCUGACGGAGCCAAGCAAAUUUUGGGUAGCCAUCAUUGAGCUCAGCACUCCCAUGGGCACCGGCUACUCCCCAAAGGAUGUCACCAAGUACUGCAAGCAGCUGGGCAUCAAGGAGCCUCCCACUGAAUCAAUUGAUAUCUUACCGGCGACCAACAAAUUCACCGGCAACAAGCCCGGCAGCGCCGAUGGCGAGUACGCUCUGGACAUCCAGGUUGUGGCCGGGGCAACUCUGGGCAAUGUGGGUCUGCUGCUCAUCAAUGCACCCAAUCGGGGCGGAUUCCAGAAAUCUCUGAAGAAGCUUCUGACGUACAAACUCCCGGAUGGCGGCCAGCUCAGCGCGGUAUCCUAUUCCUGGGGCCUCGACGAGCGGAACAAUGACCCCGCUGACAUGAAAGCCUGUGAUUCGCUGAUGGAGCAGCUGCUGGAAAAGCAUAUCACUACUUUCACUGCCUCAGGCGACGACGGCAGCCGGGAUGACCCCGACGGCAACAGCGGGCAGCUCCUGAAUGUGGAUUACCCGUCAUCUUCGCCCUACGCCUUCGGCUGCGGCGGCACUACCAUCACUCCAGAGGACUUUGACACAGAGAUUGCAUGGACUUAUGGUGGCGGUGGGAUUUCCCAGGUCUACGAUGCGCCACCCUGGCAGGCUCCUAUCGUCGCAAAUGAGAUUCCAAAAUCCAACGGCAAACGCUGUGUGCCAGAUGGCGCCAUGGACGCUGACCCCAACAGCGGGUACACUAUCAUCCUGAACGGGCGCCAGUACAUCUUUGGAGGGACCUCGGCCGUUGCCCCAAUGUGGGCUGCAUGGAAAGCUGCUACUGACGCCGUUGCUGGAGAGAAUCUCAAGUUCUCUGCAGAGGCUGCAUAUGCCCUAAAGGGGAAAAUGACCGACAUCACAGAGGGCACCAAUGGCGCAUACAAGGCAAAGAUCGGCUGUGAUCUGUGCACUGGCAUUGGGGUGCCAAAUGAGGCCUUCACCAAAGCCUGGCUGGCUGAAAACGGGGUCACUUACAGCCCUAAGAAAUCCAAGGAAUGA